GUGCAAAUAUAAAUAACAACAAAUUGCAGCUGACAAAUAAAAAUUAGCCAAAAUAAUAGUAAAAUAUGAGCUUUAACAACAAAUUGUGAACCAUUUGGUGCUAUGUUAAUUCGCCUGCUACUUGUCUUGUUGAAGACAAAAGCCACGCCGCCACGUAAUUGAAAUUGAAGCCCGGCCAAAGCUCGGGAGGAACAGGAGACAGAGAGAGAGAUAGAGAGCCAGGAUGGUCUUAGUGCUGAAUGGCGUGCUGCAGGAUGAUUGCCCGAUGGACACCAAUAGCCUGUUCCUGCAGCAUCCCGUAUACAGAGAUUAUGCCCAGCAGUUGCACUCGAUACAGGCCAAGUCCGUGGGUCCCGUGGGCCUACUCUAUGUCGGGCAGCGGGAGCUGGCCGCCUCUGCCCCGCACGACAAGAACGUCAACAUCAUUGGCGCCGACGAUGCCACCACCUGUAUUAUUGUCGUCGUGAGACACUCGGGAUCUGGGGCCGUGGCUUUGGCCCACUUUGAUGGAAGCGGUGUGGACGAGGCUGUCUGCACCAUGGUCUCUCGGGUGCAGGAGCUGGCCCUGGGCUAUCCCGAAGGACGCAUCGAGUUGCAGUUGAUUGGUGGCUAUCGGGACUCGAAGGGCUACGGCGAGGAUGUCUUCUAUAGCAUUAUGCAAUCAUUCCACAAUCAUCACCUCGAGAUCGAUUUGACGCAGGCCUGCGUGGGCGAGCUGAACACCAUGCUGCGCGGCGAGAUCAACUGCCCCAUCAUUUAUGGGGUGGGCGUGAACAUCAAGACUGGUGAGAUCUUUCCGGCCAGCUUCCCAGACCGAGGCCCCGACCGGGAGCUGCGCGAUGCACGUAUCUUCAUGGGUGCGCAGUCGGUUCUGGAUGUGUACGACUCCACGCUGGGAAUGCUGCGCAUCGGGCCCUUCAACUAUGAUCCACUGCGCGGCGCCGACUUGUGGCUAUCGCAGACGGAUGAGUUUCUGCUGCAGCAUUUGUCCUCCAGCCCCGAUGUGGAGCCGCCACACUUUGCGCCCCAGACGCGUGCCACCAUCAAAUUCAUACAGGAGAACCAGUUUCCCGCUGUCACCGUCUUCAGGGACAAUCGACCACGCUACUUUCGGCGCGACGAUGCCACGGGGUGCUGGGCUCUGGUUAGAUAUUAAAGCUUAAUUUAGUGCUUAGUUGUUACACAAGUAGUUGAAACGCGUCAUGGACAGUUGUCGCAGAUGUCGGAAUGUAUAAAUUGGUGCAUGUGUUAAUCGUCGUUACCAUUUGCAGUGCUGCCACCCCACCACCUGCUACCCUCCGCAUAUAAUUUCCACUUGAUUGUGGCCGCUCUGCUCUGCUUACUUUUGUUUGAAUUUAAUCCUUGAGUUAAUUGUAUUUGGCUGUAUUUGUAACCGAUAUUGAUAAUCCAUGCAGUACCACACAAUUAUUUAUAACUCAAUUAGAUUAGCAAUUGCGAUGAGUGGAACAUUGCUUGUUGUAUCUCAAAUAAUCUCUCUCUUCAAUUAGAUUCAAGAGUGAGUUCGGAUGUGAGGACCCUUUGGGACGCGCCUUAGAAAUGGAUCUGAACGUAAAAACGAAACUUAUUAAUAUACCUAUGUAUGUAUGUAAUAUGUGUAUAUGCUGCAUAUGUAUGUAUGUGUGAGAAAAUAGUAUAUGCAUAUGACCACAAUUAACAAAUCUUAUUAAUAUUUAAAAGAGAUUCUUAGCAAAAUAUAUAUACGAAAUGCAUACACAACAUUUGUAAACGAAACAAUUUCAAAUGCAAUCAUUUUUAGUUGUAACUGUAAACUGUAAUCAAAAGUGUACGAAAUAUAGAAAUGGCUUGGCUAUACAUACAUAAACUAC